AAUUGUCCAGGUAACCUCAACAUUCUCCGGACAUCAUACAUCUUUGUUUAUAAAUCUGCAGAUAGGUGGAAACUAUCCGAUCAACAUGUUUAAUUCACUCCAUGCGGGUUGGGAGGACAGGGAAGCCACGAUGGUGAAUCUGAAAAACGUAUCUCCUCCAAGUGAAGGAAUACGGUACAAUCAAGGUGAAAUCACCGCUGUUUGGAAUGGCGAAGGGCUUGGACCAGGAACUCUGUACAUUGCAGAAACAUGUGUAUCAUGGUUCGAUGGGUCUGGAAUGGGGUUUAAUUUGAAAUACACGUCAAUCAGUCUCCAUGCAAUCUCACGCGAUUUUACCGCGUACCCAGGAGAGCACCUGUACGUCAUGGUCAACACCAAUCUCAACGGUAACUGUGAGAAGUGUGCGGAGGAAGAGGAUAAUGAGAGUACUGAUGAUGACUGCGACGCUGAUUCCAUAAGUCCUGUUACAGAGAUCUGUUUUGUGCCCAGUGAUAAGGCUACCUUGGAGUCCAUGUUCUCAGCCAUCUCUGAAUGCCAGGCCCUGCACCCUGACCCUGAAGACUCCGACUCUGACUUUGAGGGAGAUGAGUACGACGUUGAAGAAGCUGAACAGGGUCAGAUAGACCUGCCCACAUUUUACAACUUUGAGGAGGGUCUGUCCCAGCUCACCCUGGAGGGCCAGGCCACCCUGGAAAGACUGGAGGGGAUGCUGGCCGACUCUGCAUCCCAGAAACACCACUGCAUGGCCGGGGUAAGGCCCGAGGACACCCCAACGGGAUGCUGCAAUGAGUCUGGUGCAGUAGGGGUCUCAGGACAGUUUGAAGACACCAACGUUGAUCAUUGAAGAACGUCAUGAACAUCAUUGACCAAGAAGUCUAGUACACAAAGGAGAGAAGCAUCGGUGAGGGACUUGAUGUUCUGCUGUCACCGAAUCAGGCUGAGCUGUGAGCAAGCAACUGUUAUGUUCCAGUCAGACACACUGUGAAAAAUACAGUGCCUCAACAACCACCCUGUGGAGCAAUUCAUGGUGUGGACUCCACCACUAUUAGCUCUGACAGGAUGCAAGUGUGGAAAACGCACAAAAUAUAUGGCAAGAGUUAAAAUUGUGUUUUGUGUGUUACGGUUUGAUUGAGGACAUAGUGGCCUCUGGGCAUUUAGCCAACUGGAGACUAUUAAAGUGCUUCGUUCCUCCGCCGUGCUAUCAGGACAAUCCAUUACCUCAAGAAAAUCCAGUCUGCUCUCUGCAUCAGUGACUUUAGUAGUGCUGAGUGAUUAUUGCUUUUUGAGGUUGGUUGGUUUCGGUUCGAUUAUUACAAAAUUAUUAUGGAUUUUUGGUUUUCAAUAUUUAAAAACAUUAAAUGCACAAUACAUUACGUGGGUUGAAUGCUGUAACAACACAGAAUAAAACAAAAGUGCCACGAUGGUGUGAAAAUGUUUAGGAGGAAAAUGUUAUCAAUGUAGCUCAUAAAAAUGACAACAUUCAUUAUUUAAGAGUUCAAUUUACACAAAUGAAGUAAGUUUAGUAUGACAAACAGUAGGCACAAUUGAUACUGAUGCUCCUUGGAAUCAUUGGUAACCCAGUACCGGUAACUCAUGACAGUACUUUUGAGUGCCCAUACAUAGACCAACAUACAGUACUGUAUAAGUGUGUGAAUCUAUUAAAUAAACCAUUUGAAAGUUGAUUACAUCUAAACUGAUC